AUGAAAAGAUAUAGUGAAGGAAAUGAAAAGAUAUUUAAUUGUGAUAAAAAUAAAAAAAGUAAAAAAAAUAGUUCGUCAUUUGAUUUGUUGUAUGAUUGUAAAGAGGGAUAUUCGUUUUGCAAAAAAAAUAACUUCAAUAAUUUAAAUGGGUUAUUAAUUGAAAAAAAUAUAUUUUUAUUUAAUUUUAUUUUAAGUAUAAAAUAUAAUAAAGAGAAAAAAAAGACUAAAAACAACGAAAAAGAUAGUGAAAAAAAUGAAGACAACAAAUUAAAUUUAUAUUAUUUUUUUCAAAAUCAAAAAAUAUUCUUUAAUUAUGAUAAUUUGGAAAAUAUAAAAACAGAAAAAAGUGCCAUUAUUACAAAAAGUUUUCAAGAAGAGACUGAAGAAAUUUCCGAUCUUGAUAAUAAAAAAAUUGAUAUAUUUUAUGAGAAAAAAUUCAAAUUUUUGUUAAAAAAUAAUUAUUUUUUUUAUAUAAAAAGAUAUAUCCACAAUAUUUUAACGAAUGUUGAUAUAUGCACACAUGAUAAACCAAAUGAAACUUUUUUUGAAUUUUUUAGUAUAUUUAAAAAUAAUAAAAAAAAAAUAUGUUUCGAAAAUCAAGGUCAAAAUCAAAAUGAAUUAUUAAGUGAUGUAUAUUUUGAUGUGUCUGAAAUUUCAAACGAUAGUGAUUAUAAUUAUUUUUAUGAAAGAUCUAAUCAAAUAGUUGAAUUUGAAGAUGAACAUGUCGAAAUAAAUAAUGAAGAAGAAUUAUAUAAAACACAAAUAGAGAAAAGUAAAAGUCUUCCUAAUAAUCUAGAAAUUAUUAAAAAUGAUCAUUUUAAUAAAUUUGAAAAAAAAAAUUCAAUUUUUUUAGCGGAUAAUGAAAAAAAAAAUAAGGAAAAAAAAUUUGAAAAAUAUAUAUGUCGGCGUUGCUUAAAACAAAGAAAAGAUAUGCAUAAUAAUGAUGGAGAUGGAGAUGGAGAAACUAUAUUUUAUACAAAAUUUGCAAAUGUAUGCUUAUUACAAAUAUUCAUGUCUAACUUAACAAAAAAUGAGUUAAGCUUUUGGGGAAAAAUAAAAGAUUAUAUUGAAAAUAUGUUAGGUAAUAUAAAAUCAAAUAUAUUUUACAAAGGCAUGUCUAAUUAUGUUGAAAUGCCUUAUAUUGAAAUAUUAGAUAAAAUAAAAAAUGGGAAUAGUUUUAAUUUUAUAAAAAAAAAAAAAAAAAUUAUUACUUUAAAAAAAAAAAGUAAAAUAAUAAAAUGUUUAUUUGAAAAAACAUUUAAUUCAAUUAGAAUUUCUGUUAAAUAUAAAAUAAUUUCUGGAGAUCAAAAAUUUUAUUAUUUUUGCAAAGACGCAAUGCAAAAAUAUCAAAAAUUAAUGAAAAAUAAUAUAUAUACAAAUAAUUCCUCUAAUUAUUUUAAAACACAUUCUAAUAAUAAUAACAACAAAAUUAAAACUGUUAAUUAUGGAAAUGGUGAAAUACAUAAUUAUCUAAACCCUAUUGUCUUUAAAAAUAAAGUGGAAAAGGGUUAUGAUUUUUCAAUUUUAGUUCAUAAUAAACACAUAGAAAUAUAUGGUUAUAUUUAUAUUCGAAAUUAUGUUUUUUUUUUAUUAAUUAUGACAGAAAUUUACAUGUUUAUGCAUUUUAAUGAAGUUAGUUAUACCUAUUCGAGCAAUACUGAAAUAUUUUUAGAUCAAAUUUUAAAAAACCUUUUUACAUAA